UCUAGCUGUCAUUAACAGUAAAUGUACAGUAUGAGGGUUGUAGAUAAUAGCAUGCAAUUAAAUUACUUGGUUAAAUGUAUGGUUACUUUCCACCAGUGUCAGAAACAGACAUAAACAGGGCAAAGCUGGCAUGUUGAAUUUGUAAUGCAACAUCUCCCCUGCUGAGCAGCUCAGUGGGGCCAUUCAAAUGUUGUAGGUCUCCAUAACCACAACACCUAAACACCCUGCUGGGAUCCUCUCUGCCUCUGCACACAUACAACACUUUACCUGAAAAGACACAAACAAUCCACAGUUGUCAGUUAUGCUUUUCAGCAAGCUAUCCAUGAUGUGAACUAUCAUCUGGAAAUGGAAAUGGAAAGGUGUUCAUACACUGAAAACCAACGACAGCAGAGGACACCAAUGACAACACAAGAGGGCAAACAAUGGUGGGAUCCAUAUGAAACUUCUAAUAAAAGACAAUUUGUCUACCGGCCAAACUUAGCUGCAGAGAUUGUGCUGUGCCCAGCGUCAACUUCAAUUACAGACUCAUAUUCACAGUCUGGACCUUUUGGAUCAACUGUGUACAGCAAGGAGUUUUGCUGUAAGCCGGCCUGUAAGCCUGAGAGUAUUCGCACAGGAACAGCCUCGGGGCAGAGGAGAAACAACCCACAUCCCAGUCAGUCUUUCAUGAUGUGGAGGCUGCCUAAGGAUGCUGCACAAAGCUCUGAGUAUGUCAGCUUUCCUUGGAAAUAUCCCCCAUCUGAGGGGGUGAUCAGUAAGGCCUUGACAGCGCAGUACAGCUCCAUCUACAAAUGUGACUACAUGGGUAUGCCUCAAGAAAGAAGACUUGCACCUCUUCACAGCAGACAUGAAAUGCAGAUUUCUACUGAUACAGAGAUGAGGGAAAAUUACCGCGAGCCAAAGCAAAAACCUGAACUGCUGGGCAACUUCUAUCACUACAGCAGCAGCACAAAUCCCAACAUGUCCUGUCGUGGUAUAGUUCCUACUGUUGUGCAAAGGCACGCUCAGCAGAGAAGACCAGACUUGACAAACUACGGUUUGUGGAAAGAGAAUCACUAAUGUCACAGAUAUGAUAAAGGCUUUGCUGCCCAAGGAGCUGCAGCAGUUGCACAAAAUGUUACCUGAGCAGGGAAAGGAAGCUAUAAGAACAGCUUGAAGUAAAGACCCAAACAGAAAGGAGAAAGUUAAUAAACUCCCAGCUAUUGUGUCUAAUCGCUGCUCACCAGAGUGGAUAUCAAGCUAGCCAGGACCUAUAAACCUUGUUGCUUAUGGUAGAGGUUUGUUUAUCUGUCUUUGUAUUUUGCUGUUUCUUUUUCUAAUGAAAGGGGUCAUAACUGUAAUAACCAGUAUAACAUAA